AUGUUGACUGCUUUUGCUUUCGCAUCCGCCGCGCUGCUGGCAGCCUCUAUCCCGAGCGCCGACGCCCACGGUUACAUGCUGAUCCCCGAGUCGCAGUUCACGGGUGGCGCCAACUCCGCCUGGGUCGUGCAGAUCGACCCCGUGUGGGCCAGCGACAAGUGGGAUGGCAACAACGCUGGAAGCGUUGAGGUGUUCAAGUCUCUCAAGUCGGCCAACAACUUCAAGGACCUCAAGACGCUCAUGGACGACACGUCGGUCUACGGCCAGGACUGCGGCUUCACGGACCCCAACGGCACGCCGCAGCCCAUUCCGACAGACGGCAAGGCCACCUUCUCCCGUGCUCUGGUGCACGUGGGUCCGUGCGAGAUCUGGCUCGACAACACCAAGGUGCUGUACGAGGACGAUUGUUUCAGCAAGUACGGCAAUGAGAACCAGGACAUCAAGUCGGUGUUCCCCGUGGACUACUCGUCGUGCAAUCAUGGAGGCUGCAAGGAGAUGCGCUUCUAUUGGCUGGCAUUCCAGGGUCUUGACAGUAAGACGGUGUGGCAGUCCUACAAGGACUGCAUCCCGCUCCAGGGAUCGGGCGGUGGUUCGACUAACACGACCUCUACGUCGACGGAGUCCGUCUCGAACGAAGCUCAAACCCCGACGAGCGACUCGAACACUCCCUCAAGCGGCAACUCGGCCACCCCGGCGCCGGCGUCGGCAGACUCC